ACAGGCUUGUCUGUUUUGAAAAAAACAAAACCUCCUUGCUCUGUCAGUUAGUCCAGGAUUAGAUAGCUAAUACGAUGAGCUGAAGUUAUCCUUGGUGACAAUACCGUGCUGGAAUAAGCUCUCUGGCUAGGUGGAAUAACCAACGUUAUGCGUUUACAUUAUUAUGAGUAACGACGUUGCUAACAGGAGAAUCUCUUCAGCUCAACUGAUUCAGGCCAGUCUGUCUGUGUGGGGAUGGGGGGGUCUAGGAGUGGUGCUGUUCCUCAUCACUUUUGGACCCUUCGCUAUCUUCUACCUGGCCUUCUAUAUCUGCUGCGUUGUAGGCGGUGGUUUUGCGGUCACUCUGUUGUUUGGGAAGACCAACUCAGAGAGACAUCUUGAGAAGUGUGAACACUCUUACCUGCCAGCCACACAAACGGGUAUACUGAAGACGUUGGAUGAGAUGAGGUUGGAGCAGAAGCCUAUAAAGAUAGACAGGAGACUGACUGGCUCCAACUACAUAGACGAGCCUCUGCAACAGGUCAUCCAGUUUGCAUUGAGAGAUUAUAUUCAGUAUUGGUAUUACACUCUGAGUGAGGAUGAGUCUUUCCUGCUGGAAAUCAGACAGACUGUCCAGAACGCUUUGGUCCAGUUCUCUACACGGUCUAAAGAGGUGGACUGGCAGCCUUAUUUCACCACCAGACUGGUGGAUGACUUCGCUACUCACCUCCGAGUCUUCAGAAAGGCCCAGGACAGACUGGAGCGCAGGGAUGACAAUAAACAGAGGGACUUGUCGGAGGAGAUGGUGGAGUCAUUUUUUGAGGCGGAGGUAGAGAUGGAGAGGAGUGUCUGCAGAGACGUGGUCUGCACCUCCCUGAAGGAUGAAGAAGGGUUCCUGAGGGACUUGUGUGAGGUGCUGCUCUACCUUUUACUACCUCCUGGAGACUUCCACAACAAGAACAUGAGAUACUUCCUCAGGGAGAUUCUGGCGCGAGGCGUUCUCCUUCCUCUGGUCAACCAGCUGAGUGAUCCUGAUUACAUCAACCAGUUUGUUAUCUGGAUGAUCCGGGACUCUAGCUGUAACUACGAGGCGUUUAUGAACAUCUUGAAGCUGACAGACAAAGUGUCUGAGCUGGAGGCUGUUAAAGACAAGGCCCUGGAGGAACUACAGUACCUACGAUCACUGGACACCGCAGGAGAUGAUAUCAAUGUUAUAAAGAAUCAGAUCAACAGUCUGUUGUUUGUGAAGAAGGUCUGUGAGACCAGGAUACAGAGGCUACAGUCAGGGAAGGAAGUGGAUACUCUGAAACUAGCAGCUAAUUUGGGCAAGCUGUGCAUCAUCCCACUGGAACACGUCCUUGUUCACAACAUCGCCUUGCAAUUCUUUAUGGACUACAUGCAGGCGGCUGGGGCCCAGGCAGAGCUGUUCUUCUGGCUGACAGUGGAGGGCUACAGAGUAACAGCCCAGCAACAACUAGAGGUGAUGGAGGGAUGGCAGAAGGAUGGAAAGAAGGGAGGUUCCACUCAAGGACUGCUGAAGGCUGCAGCAUUAGGGGUCUAUGAACAGUACCUGUCUGAUAAGGCGUCCCCCAGGGUACAAGUAGAUGAGGUGUCUGUAGUCAAACUAAGAGAGAAGCUACAGAAGGAAGGAGACCCCACGCCAGAGAUAUUCGACGAGAUCCAGAGAAAAGUGUAUGACAUGAUGCUUCGUGAUGAGAGGUACUACCCGUCGUUCAGACAGAGCCCCCUCUACAUCAGGAUGUUAGCUGAACUGGACAUGCUCAAAGAACCGUCUUAUAGAGGAUCAGAUGACGGAGAUGGAGAAUCGUUCAACGGUUCUCCAACAGGAAGCAUUAAUCUAUCUCUGGAUGACCUUUCGAAUUCCUGCCAUGACGACAAUAUACAGCUACACGCCUUCAUCUCUGACACAGGGGUGUGUAAUGACCACGGCAAGACCUACGCCCUCUACGCCAUCACCGUGUGCCGCCGUAACCACGACGGCAGCGAGGACUCCUGGAAAACCUACCGCCGCUACUCCGACUUCCACGACUUCCACAUGAGGAUCACGGAGCAGUUUGAGAACUUGAUGUCGAUCCUGAAGCUGCCAGGGAAGAAGACGUUCAACAACAUGGACAGAGACUUCCUGGAGAAGAGGAAAAAAGAUCUCAACGCAUACCUACAGCUGCUGCUGAAUCCAGAGAUGAUGAAAGCCUGUCCUACUCUGGUUCACUAUGUCUAUGACUUCCUGGAGAAUAAGCAAUACAGCAAGGGCAAGGGAGACUUCGCACGCAAGAUGGAUACGUUUGUGAACCCGCUGCGUAGCUCGAUGCGUAACGUGUCCAACGCAGUGAAGAGACUGCCAGAUAGUCUGGCUGAAGGGAUGAACACUGCUGCUGACAACAUGGGACGCAUGUCAGAGAAACUGGGCCAGGACAUCAAACAGUCCAUGUUCAAGGUGCCUCCACUGCUCCCCAAGUCUGACGUUGACCCAGAGCACUGCCGAGUCUCAGCCCAGCUGGACGACAACGUGGAUGAUAACAUCCCCCUGCGUGUGAUGCUGCUGCUGAUGGAUGAGGUGUUUGACCUGAAGGAGAGGAACCAGUGGCUUCGCAGGAACAUCAAGAACCUUCUGCAGCAACUCAUCAGAGCCACAUACGGAGACACUAUCAACAGGUACCGUACACACACACACACACACCAGUGCCACAUACAGCGAUCUGACUGUAUUGUCUGUCCCUCUGGUCUCUGCAGAAAGAUCGUUGAUCAUGUGGACUUCAUGACAGCUCCAGAACAGGUGGCAGACUACGUCAAGAAGUUCAGGGAUUCAUACUGGCCCAACGGAAUCCUAGCAGAGUCUCCGCCCCGCCGGGACAAGAACAUCCGCAUGAGGACACGGGUCGCCGCCAAGACCAACCUAUUGGGAAUCAUGCCAGAUGAGUUGAAGCACAUCAUAGGGGCGGAUACGACUCGUAAAGGCAUCCUUCGUGUGUUUGACAUGUUCCAACACGGACCAAUGAAUCGUCGGCUGGUCUACGUGCUCCUAGAAGGAUUCCUGGAGACCAUGUUCCCUCAGUACAAGUUCCCAGAGCUGUUUGUCAAACUGCAUUCCCGUUCGCCGCGCACAGCCAGAUAUACACAGAAACUCAAGAGCACCUCCCUGAAGAGGUGACAGGAGACUGGGAUUGGGCAGGGUACUUGGUGACACACACUCGCUCACAUGCCGUGAGAGAACAGAGGAAGGAGGGGAGUAGUGGGGAGGGUGUGUAUGCGUGCUGGUGAGAAGAGGUGUGCGUGUCCUUCUUUCUAUGUCAAGAGGUGCUUUUUGGGCCAUCCGAGCACUUAACUCUUCCCUCCUCUCCUCUACAUUCCUCUCACAUUUUCCUCAACUCACUCACACACACCCUCCUGUGCACAGUUUAGAGACCGCAUUUGUGUUUUAUUUUAUUUUUGUACUUUUUACUUCCUACUAAACUAUUUUAUUGUAGAUGUGUGGUCAGACUGACAGCUGCUCUGAUAUACACAGCAGCUGAUCUCCGUUACUGAUACCAGAGAGCAGAGCUAUGUAUAGAGAAAUACAUGGGUCGUUCCAUGUAAUGAGCCCCUUUUGGGUAGUGUUUCCCAAACUCGGUCCUGGGUUCACAAUGAGUUUUUAUGCCCUAGCACUACACAGCUGAUUUCAAGUAAUCAAAGUUUGAUGAUGAGUUUAUUAAUCAUCUUUGUAGUGCUAGGGCAAAAACCAAAACAUGCAACCCUUAAGGUCCCGAGGACCAAGUUUUGGAAAUGCUGGGUUAGAGUAAUUUGGUGGGAAAGAAAUGUAGAUUUAAUGAAGACCAUAUUUUCAACCUAAUAAAAAGCAUAGUUUCCCAUCUCAAGAGGUUAAAGAAAAGAAUAACUGGGCGGCAGGUAGCCUAGCGGUUAGGAGCAUUGGGCAAGUAACCGAAAGGUCACUGGUUGGAAUCCCCGAGCCGACUAGGUGAAAAAUCUGUCGGUGCCUUUAAGGGAAAUGAACCAUCAUUGUUCCUGUAAGUCGCUCUGGAUAAGGGUGUCUACUAAAUGACUAAAAUGAAGAAACAAAGAUGCUAAAUGUAAGUGCCAGAUAAAGUAACAGGGUUGACCGCAACAGGGUUGACCGCAACAGGGUUGACCGUAACAGGGUUGACGAUUCAACCUUCAAUCAGCCAUAAAUCCCUUGUGACCGGGGGAAUGGAAGGCUCUUGUGUGCAACAGGGAGGGGCAAUUGAAUGCCAGCUUCACAAAAAACUAUGAAUUCUUAAAACAUUUUUAGCCUUUCUAUCUAUGGGUAACAGGGUUGACGUGUUAUGCUCAACCCACUCAGUUUUCCACCACAAAACAAGACAAAAUGGCAAAAAAGAGUAAACCAGUUCAUCUGCUUUUACAUUAUAAUUUUACUGUUAAAUGUUACAUUUUUCACUUGAAUUUAAAAAAAAGAAUAUGAUAGUUCAUUUAACAGGGUUUACCUGAAUGAAUCACAUUAAUUAAAUACUCUUCACAAAUUACAUUGUCAAAGCAACAAUAUAACUUAGGCUUCACAGUGGUGGUGAAAACAUGGAGACAUUUUUGGGUUAACAUCUUCCUAGAAGUCAGAAUUGUGGCACUUUAGCAAGUCUAUUCAUAUUCAAAAUCAAAUGUAUUGAAUUGUCCAUGUGGUCACUUCAUUUAAUAUAACAGGCUUUUAAAGAUGCACUAUGCAGAAAUUGAUCUGCCAUUUCCUGGUUGCGCAAAUUCUAAUAGUUUGCCUAAUUUCAGUAUGUGACGAAACAAGCAAGUACAGGGAAGAGAAUCAUUGUACUAUGUAAACCGCCGUGAAAUAGCUUUUCGAUAACCCAAAAUAUUGUAUUUCCAGCUGUUUGACGCUGGUGUACAAAAAAAAAGAGUGGAAAAGUUGCUAAAUGAAACUUAAGACCGUGAAGCAUAGAAAUAACCCACAUAGAACAUAUAUACGGCUUCUAAGACUUGCUUUCAAUGAGUGACAGAUCUAUAACUCAUAUUUCUGUGUGAAUUUGGUUGGGUCGCCCAAAAAGUAAGAUAUUGCAGCUUUAAAAAUCAAUAUUGCCGCACAAUUUCUACUAAAAAUAUCAAAGGGAUGCAAAAGGGACUCAUUUCGUAGAACGACCCACAUAGGUUGAAUGGCAUAUGUUGUGUAUAUACUGUACCUGUACAUAGAAAUAGAAUGAAUAGAUUCUUUUUCUACGGGUGUAUGUGUAUGUAUAUAUAUAUAUAUAUUGGGUCUGACUUGUACUGUAAGCUUUUAAACAGCAGAAGACAGAUGAGGAAAUAGAGACAGAGAAUGGGCCUGCAGUGUCAACCACAUCUGGUUCUGCAAGGCGUUUUUUCACAUUUUUGUUAUUUUGUGUUUUUUUUUUUACACAAUGUGACAUCCAUGCCUGCCAUAAUCCUUUCACACAGGGAGGCAGGGUUUGGCCUAAAGGCCAUUUCCCAUUUUUAAUGCACCGGUCAGUAGCCAUGACAACCAAAGCCCUAGCUUUUGUGUGUCUGUGUCUCGACAGGCAUGAUAGAGACAGCUCUAGUCUACUCACUGUGCUUCCUAUUGUUAAUCAUGUGAAAGAAGAAGAAACCAGAAUGCACAGCUCACCUGCUUUCUCUAGAGCUGAGACCUGGGUAAAUUUGAAAUGGCACCCCAUUCUAGUGCACUGCUUUUGGACAGACGGAUCCUAAUAGUAGUCCACUUUUAUAUUAGGCAUAUGGUGCCAUUUUGGACGGAGCCAGAAUGAAAUGAAACAGGCCAGACUGUGUGAAUGUUGCCGUAUGUGGAGGUGACUGUCUGUCGGGUAUCUACGCAUACACAGGUAUGCCUAUUAGAAUGUACUCUGUGGGUCCUGUCUGUCUGUGUUAGGUCUUUUAGGGUUUUUGUGUGUUUCUGUGUGUUUGAGUGUGUAGCAGUAAGAUGAAGCCCUCCUCAGUCAGACACUGUGCCAGUGUGAGCUUUAGUGAAGCAGCCUUAAUACAGACCAAGAGACCAUGCUAUAGUAACGCUCUCUCUCUCUCUCUCUCUCUCUCACACACACACACACACUCGCAGCACUACGUUACAAAGAGAAAACCAACUGAUAUCCCUACUUAAUCACACUUUUAUUGUCAUUCAUUUUGUGCAAUAUUUUUCUUUAAUGCAUGUGUAUUUGAAUAACUGUAUAUUGUAUAAAAUGUAAACUAAAAUGUUUUGAAAAAUUGUAGAAAAGGUGAAAGAAUUCUCCCCCUUCCCCAAAGAAAAAAAGUAUUCUAACCCCAACAACCUACAUUCCGAUGUUAAAAAAUAAUAAUGUAUUUAGACUUGUUUUAUAAGUCUGUUUUUUGGGGGGGGUUUCUCACUCCUGAUGAAUCUGUGGUUUCCGUGCUGAUAUGUCAGUAGCAGGAAAGAGGAGUGAUCAGCCAGUCGAGCUAAAGCCUCUUGAUAGAAAGCUAGCACAUUGGUCUAGCAAUAUGGGAGAGGGGCUUAUUAUGCAUUUGAGCCUGUUUGGAGCGCAAACAAAAAUGACAUCCUGUUAUAUGAACCAAUGACACGAGAGACUUUGUCAUCUGACCAAUCGAAUUGCAGGAAUACUGUGUUCCUGUGAACCAAUAGAAUCACUGCUGAAGAGCACUUACUACCCGAGUUCUUCCAUUGGACGAACAGAGCUCCAUUCCACUGCUGCCAUUGGAUGGAAGGGUCCCUCGUCUGCUGUGAUUGGCUGGCAAUGAGCAGCUCUUGACUGUGAUUGACAGCGUGAGGACAUUAACUCUAAGCUGUGACACCUUUUUAAAGGGAGGUGGAUAUUUGUCCCUGGACUGGAGAGUUGACCAGGGGAACCCAAUAGGACUUCACCUUAAAAGCCUCCACACUCUCCUCCUGUUCAAGAUGGCUUGGCUGUUGAUGUUUUUUAAUCCCUUGGGGACAGGUUUUCAUAGCGUUUACCUCACAUCAACAUGAUCCUGUGUUGUAUAAAUCAUGAAAUGAAUGGGAACAGAAUCUAAUGGGUGAACACAAUGAGACAACACAGCCUCAUGUCGAUUUUGAAGAAACGUUGCUGUGAAAAACUGGGAUCUCCUAGUACAUUAUGAAUCUAUGAUAAUGAACCGUGUGCAUAUGUGUACAGUACGUGUCUAUAGUGUGCCUAAAUGUCUGUCAACUCUAUUUUCAUAUUUUUCUUUAACAAAAGAUAAAGAUCAAACAGAAUGUCAUGGUCAUUUUAGACUGAAAAGAACUCAAGACUCUAGAACCAGAGAAAUCUAAAGAUUUUAGAGCCAGGGGUGUGUUUUAGACUCUAGAACCAGGUGUGGCCAACCCUCUUCCUGGAGAACUACUGGCUUUUGCUUAAACCCUGCUCUGUUCUAAUACACCCAAUUUAGCCAAUCAAGGUUUCGAUGAGGAGCAGCUGAACCAGGUGUGUUAGAGCAGGGCUGGAGAAAAAUCCUUCACAGGAGGGUAAGCUCUCCAAGAGCAGAGUUGGAGACCCCUACUCUGGUGUUUCUUGCAUCAUGCUUAUCAAACUAUUCCUUUGGAGACGCUGAACUCCGAUCAGUAUAACACUAAUAAUAAAAUGAUAACUAACUGAC